AUGGAGGCCCCCGAGGACGGCAGCGGGAGCGGCGAGCGGGGGGGUCCGAGCCUGUCGGAGCUGUGCGCGCAACUGGUGCAGACGCGGGACGCGGGCGGCCGGCUCCAGGUGGGCCAGGAGCUGCUGCGGCGGCUGCGGGCGCCCGGGCCCGGCGCGGGGCCGGAGCCGGACGAGGCCUCGCUGAGCCGGGCGGUGGACGAGCUCACGGUUUGGCUGCCGGCCAGCCACAGCAAGGUGGCAUUGCUUGGAUUAGAAAUUUUAAGUGCCUUCGUUGACAGAUUAUCAACAAGAUUUAAAUCCUAUGUACCUACUGUUAUUUCAGCUUUACUAGAUCGGCUGGGAGAUUCCAAAGACCAGGUCCGAGAGCAAGCACAGAAUCUGAUCUUGAGGCUCAUUGAUCAAGCAGCUUCACCCAUGUAUGUUUGGGAGCACUUGACUGUUGGUUUUAAACACAAGAACUAUCGGUCCCGAGAAGGUGUCUGUCUGUGUCUUAUUGCCACCUUACACACCUACGGUGCACAAUCGUUAGUCCUCAGCAAGUUGGUGCCACAUUUGUGCAUCUUAUUUGGAGAUUCCAAUGGUCAGGUGAGGGAUGCUGCAUUGUUGGCCAUGGUAGAGGUCUACCGACACGUGGGAGAGAGAGUAAGAGCGGACCUCAGCAAGAGAGGCCUCCCUGCUGCCCGGUUACAGACAGUGUUGGCCAAAUUUGAUGAAGUGAGAGACUCAGGCAGCAUGAUCUUGAAUGUCGUCCACGAUAAAAGCUUCGAUGAUGAGGACUCACUGGAUGGAAACAGGCCGUCAGCAGCUGCCUCAGCCUUCAAGGUUCCCGCCCCGAAGACCUCUGGAAACCCUGUCAGCAGUGGCCGGAAGCCUGGCUCCUCUGGAGGACCAAAGGCUGCAGGUGUGUCUAAGGAAGGCGGUGCUGGCGCUGUGGAUGAAGAUGACUUUGUGAAAGCAUUUUCGGAAGUCCCUUCUGUUCAGAUAUAUUCUAGUCGUGAACUUGAAGAAACAUUGAAUAAAAUCAGGGAAAUUUUAUCUGAUGACAAGCAUGAUUGGGACCAGCGUGCGAAUGCACUCAAGAAAGUCCGGUCCCUGCUCCUGGCUGGCGCAGCCCAGUACGACUGCUUCUUCCAGCAUCUGCGCCUGCUAGACGGCGCCCUGAAGCUUUCUGCCAAGGAUCUGCGGUCCCAGGUGGUGCGCGAAGCCUGUAUCACCGUCGCACAUCUCUCCACGGUGUUGGGCAACAAGUUUGACCACGGCGCCGAAGCCAUCGUGCCUACCCUUUUUAACCUGGUCCCCAAUAGUGCUAAGGUCAUGGCCACGUCGGGCUGCGCCGCCAUCCGCUUCAUCAUCCGGCACACGCAUGUGCCCCGGCUCAUCCCGCUCAUAACCAGCAACUGUUCCUCCAAGUCCGUGGCAGUGAGGAGGCGUUCCUUUGAGUUUCUGGACCUCCUCUUGCAAGAGUGGCAGACCCAUUCCUUGGAAAGACACGCAGCCGUGUUGGUCGAGACAAUUAAGAAGGGGAUUCAUGACGCGGAUGCCGAGGCCAGAGUGGAGGCCAGAAAAACGUACAUGGGCCUCAGGAACCACUUUCCUGGUGAAGCCGAGACCCUGUAUAAUUCCCUGGAACCUUCCUAUCAGCGCAGUCUCCAGACUUAUCUCAAGAACUCGGGCAGUGCCGCAUCCCUCCCUCCCUCAGACCGAUCCUCCUCCAGCUCCCAGGAGAGUCUCAACCGCCCGUUCUCCUCCAAAUGGUCUGCGGGGAGUGCCUCGGCUGCACCUGGGAGAGUGUCCUCCAGUAGCGGUAAAACGACGGGAAGUCCUGGAAGUCUUCAGCGCUCCCACAGUGACAUCGAUGUGAAUACCGCCGCGGGGGCCAAGGCCCGCCAUGUUGCGGGUCAGGCGGGCAGCAGCAGCGGGCGCCUUGGCCCUGGUACCCUCACUCCUGGGUCUUAUGCUUCUUUAGGGACAGCUUCUGAAGAUGGUCGCGUGCGAUCCAAACUUUCCACGGCAGCUGUGGGCAUUGCCAACUCCAAGGCGGACUCGCGGGGUCGAAGCCGGACGAAGAUGGUCUCCCAGUCUCAGCCUGGCAGUCGCUCCGGGUCCCCAGGAAGGGUUUUGACCACCACCGCGCUCUCCACCAUGAACUCAGGAGUUCAGAGGAUGCUGGUCAGUCCUGCGUCGGCUCAGAAACGAAGCAAGAUCCCUCGGAGUCAGGGCUGCAGCCGAGAGGCCAGCCCUUCUCGCCUCUCUGUAGCGCGAGGCAGCCGCAUCCCUCGUCCCAGUGUGAGUCAGGGCUGCAGCCGCGAGGCCAGUCGGGAGAGCAGCAGGGACACGAGUCCAGUCCGCUCUUUCCAGCCCCUGGCUUCCAGGCAUCACUCCAGAUCGACAGGGGCCCUCUACACCCCCGAUGUUUGCGGGGCCACAGGCACGGGUUACGGGAUCGGUCAGUCCAGCCGCCUGUCGUCUUCCGUCAGCGCCAUGCGUGUCCUGAACACGGGCUCCGACGUGGAGGAAGCCGUCGCCGAUGCCUUGAAAAAGCCAGCACGCAGGCGAUACGAGCUGUACGGCAGCGGCAUGUACUCGGACGAUGACGCCAACAGCGACGCCUCCAGCGCCUGCUCCGAGCGCUCCUACAGCUCCAGGAAUGGCAGCAUCCCCACCUACAUGCGGCAGACGGAGGACGUGGCCGAGGUGCUGAACCGCUGCGCCAGCUCCAACUGGUCCGAGAGGAAGGAAGGCCUGCUGGGCCUUCAGAGCCUGCUCAAGAGCCAGCGCACACUGAGUCGUGUCGAGCUGAAAAGAUUGUGUGAGAUUUUCACCAGGAUGUUUGCCGACCCUCACAGCAAGGUCUUCAGCAUGUUCCUGGAGACGCUGGUGGACUUCCUGCAAGUCCACAAGGACGACCUUCAGGAUUGGCUCUUCGUGCUGCUGACUCAGCUGCUGAAGAAGAUGGGCGCUGACUUGCUUGGGUCCGUCCAGGCCAAAGUUCAGAAAGCCCUGGAUAUCACCAGAGAGUCUUUUCCCAAUGACCUUCAGUUCAACAUUCUAAUGAGAUUCACUGUGGAUCAGACCCAGACGCCAAGCUUAAAGGUGAAAGUCGCCAUCCUCAAAUACAUCGAGACGUUAGCCCAGCAGAUGGAUCCCGGGGACUUUGUCAACUCCAGUGAGACGCGUCUGGCUGUAUCUCGAAUCAUCACUUGGACAACAGAACCCAAAAGUUCUGAUGUUCGGAAGGCAGCUCAGGCGGUGCUCAUCUCCUUAUUUGAGCUCAAUACUCCCGAGUUUACAAUGCUGCUGGGAGCUUUACCAAAAACCUUUCAGGACGGUGCUACCAAACUACUUCACAAUCACCUUCGGAACACAGGCAGUGGCAGCCAGGGCUCAGUGGGGAGUCCCUUGACAAGGCCUACUGCACGCUCACCAGCUAAUUGGUCCAGUCCUCUUACUUCCCCCACGAAUACCGCCCAGAACACUCUGUUACCCAGCGCGUUUGACUACGACACGGAGAACAUGAACUCGGAGGACAUCUACAGCUCUCUUCGAGGGGUCACCGAAGCCAUCCAGAAUUUUAGCUUCCGCAGCCAGGAGGACAUGAAUGAGCCAGUGAAGAGGGAACCCAAGAGGGAGAGCGACGGCGAGUCAAUGUGCAGCGACCCCCGAGCUGGAGGGGACGCCCCUGACUCGGGCCGAGCAGUUCUUGACAACAAGACCUCGAUGCUCAACACCAUGCCCCCACACUCCUCCCCGCGCUCGCGGGACUACAACCCCUACAAUUACUCUGAUGGCAUCGGCUCCUUCAACAAGUCGGCCUUGAAGGAAGCCAUGUUUGAUGACGAUGCAGAGCAGUUUCCUGACGACCUGUCUCUGGACCACUCGGACCUGGUGGCCGAACUGCUGAAGGAGCUGUCCAACCACAAUGAGCGCGUGGAAGAGAGGAAGAGCGCUCUCUGCGAGCUCCUGAAGCUGACCCAAGAAGACGCGUUCGGGGUCUGGGACGAGCACUUCAAAACCAUCCUGCUCUUACUCCUGGAGACGCUUGGGGACAGAGAGCACUCAGUCAGAGCUCUGGCCCUACGAGUUUUAAGAGAAAUCCUAAGGAACCAACCGGCCCGAUUUAAAAACUACGCUGAGCUAACCAUCAUGAAGACCCUGGAGGCCCACAAGGACCCGCAUAAAGAGGUGGUGAGGUCUGCCGAAGAAGCAGCGUCCAUGCUGGCUACCUCCAUCAGCCCGGAGCAGUGCAUCAAAGUGCUUUGUCCCAUCAUCCAGACAGCGGACUACCCCAUUAACCUGGCUGCCAUCAAGAUGCAGACGAAGGUGACCGAGAGGGUGCCCAAGGAGACCCUGGCCCAGCUGCUCCCAGAGGUUGUGCCGGGCCUCAUCCAGGGAUAUGACAAUUCGGAGAGCAGUGUUCGCAAAGCUUGUGUCUUCUGCCUCGUGGCCAUCCAUGCGGUCAUUGGCGAUGAGCUGAAGCCCCAUCUCAGCCAACUCACGGGGAGCAAAAUGAAGCUGCUCAAUCUGUACAUCAAGCGGGCGCAGACAGGCUCUGGUGGGAGCGAUCCCUCCAUGGGCGCCGACACGCCUGGGCAGAGCUAGCAGAGCGAGCCGCCACGACCAGGACAGAAGAAGCGCUUCUAAGCCACGGUCUGCGCUCUGGCUCUUUGCUCAUCUUUGUGUUCUUGAACAGGUGGCUGUUCCCAGCCUGCAUGUACCCGUCACAGUAGAGUGGUCCCAGAUUCAAGGAAAACAGUAUUAAUAUUGGUUAAUGAAUACAAAAGAGUUUUUAAAAAUCUAAUCCGCUGUUUGACCAGUCCUCACUCCUCUGUCUUCCCAUUAACCUUUGCCAGUGUUACGACUGUAUAAAUUUUUUAAAUUGCUGAUUAAACAGGAAUGCUUUGAGCUUCACAAGUUUAAAA